CAGGUUUAUGUCACCAUGCAGCACUAUGGAGUGAACGGUUACUCCCUCCAUGCCAUGAACUCACUGAGCGCCAUGUACAACCUCCAUCAGCAGGCAGCUCAGCAAGCCCAGCACGCCCCUGACUACAGGCCCUCGGUGCAUGCCCUCACCCUGGCAGAGAGACUGGCCGGCUGUACAUUUCAAGACAUUAUUUUGGAGGCACGUUAUGGAUCCCAGCACCGCAAACAAAGGCGAAGUCGCACGGCCUUCACCGCCCAACAGCUGGAAGCGCUGGAGAAGACCUUCCAGAAGACUCACUACCCAGAUGUGGUGAUGAGAGAGCGGCUGGCUAUGUGCACAAACCUACCUGAAGCCAGAGUCCAGGUUUGGUUCAAGAAUCGAAGAGCCAAAUUCCGAAAGAAGCAGCGUAGCCUGCAGAAGGAGCAGCUGCAGAAGCAGAAGGACUGUGAAGGGAGCCACAGUGAGGGAAAGACAGAGCCACCCAUGCUGGAGACCCAGGCCACCACCCCGGACACCGAGAAGUCACAGAGCCUCCCAAGCGAGGUAGGCGCAGACAUCAACCUAACCCUGUCGGAGCAGUCGGCCAGCGAGUCAGCACCCGAGGAUCAGACUGACAGAGAAGAGGAGUUUAAGAGCACCUUGGAUGAGGCUAAAGUGGACAAGAGCCCUGGUGUGGACAGCAAGGCUUUGAACUGCAAGAGAGCAAGCCCAAAAGCAGAGUCCCCUAUCAGCGCAACUGUGACACCUUCAUCCAGCAGUGGCCUGGCUCAGACUCACUCCUACUCCUCCUCGCCCCUGAGCCUCUUCCGCCUGCAGGAGCAAUUCCGCCAGCACAUGGCAGCCACCAACAACUUGGUCCAUUAUUCCUCCUUCGAAAUGGGGACACCAUCUGCCAUGCCCUACUUGGGCAUGAACGUCAACAUGGCACCACUGAGCUCUCUGCACUGUCAGUCGUAUUACCAGUCACUCUCCCACGCUCAGCAGGUCUGGUCCUCACCCAUCCUGCAGGCCUCCAGCUCCCUUCCAAGCCUAAACAGUAAAACGACGAGUAUUGAGAACCUAAGGCUCCGGGCAAAGCAGCAUGCGGCGUCCCUUGGGCUUGACACCCUACCCAACUGACUGCCAGAUGAGCUACCACUGCCCCUAA